CGCCUACCGUUCAUCCCCUCAGGAGUCGACCGGCGAGACACCGAACAUGUUGAUGUUAGGGCGAGAAGUACAUCUGCCAAUAGACCUUUCCGCUGACUUGUGCAAGGAUGAUCGGGAGCUGGAUCGCGGUCUGGAUACAGAUUAUGCGGAAAACCUAAGGAACAAGAUGAGGCUGGCGCACGAACGAGCGAGGGAGAACACAUCAGAGAGUUCAAGGAGGCAGAAGAAGGUCUACGACAGGAAAGCACAAGCACAUGAAUUAACGGUCGGGCAAUUUGUGUGGUGCUACAACUCAGCUAGGACAAAGGGGUUGUCUCCCAAAUUGCAGCGUCGUUGGAAAGGGCCGUUCCUCAUCAUUCAUCGAUUGUCUGAUGUCGUCUACAGGAUACAGGCAAAGAACCGAGGAAAGAAGAUGGUAGUUCAUGCUGACAGGUUAAAGCCUUAUUUAGGUGAACCUCUUGCCUCGUGGAUUGAGGAACCUACAAGUCAGCAAGUAGACCACGCUGAAGAGGAGAGUGGAAUAUCACAAACAGAAGACCUUGUAGAAGAUGGUGUUGGAGUCCAGGCAGAAACAGAAACUGAGCAGAUACAAGACAUAGCCGAAGGGGAGUUGUUGCAAAAUCGUGUUCGUGCUGAGGGAUCAACAUGGGAGGGGACUCCGAGAGGACAAUCAAGUGCUUCACAUGCCAGAAGUACUUUGCACACAAGAGGAGCUUGGAUCGUCACAUUGACGUCGAACACAAGGACGAACAACGCUUUGUAUGUCAAUAUUGCAGCAGAGCAUACAACAGGAAAGAUAACUUAACGGCACAUUGCAGAGACAGACAUCCUGAGAAAUCCCAAGACCGGGAGCGAAGCCAGUUGCGGGGAAGGUACCUUGAAAGGCAGAGCAAGUCUGAUCAUCGCCGUCGCAGUAGGAGCCCGUCGAGGUCGCCUUUGCCGAACCAGAGAGAGGAGAAGAAGAGAAAGGACAGGAAGAAACAAGUUGUUCAGGCAAAGCUUGAACGCGAUGAGUUGCCCCAAGACCCGCUCCAGGUUGUCGUCUCUCCUCGCACCAGGGAAGAAGUAGAGGGGAGGAAAGACAGUCGCUCGAGAAGACUGUCUGGUAAGCCACUCGCUAUGAUGAGACAGCAGCAACUCACCAGUUCUGAAUCAGAGGAAUCUGCAGUCGCUGAUGUGGCGUCGCCGGAAGAUGGUUGUGGAGGCACAGCUGUUGAUGUCAGGAGUGUCCAAAUAGGUCGUCCGAUUCCGCCCCUUGACGUGAAGAGGUUGUUGCGCAACCAGAGGGUGGAAGUUAAUGAAUUUUCCUCCCAGACCUCGUAUAAUGGGGCAGAGAAAGUUUUCCAAGAGACGAGGGAGAGGAAGUACGGCGCCAUCUUCUUGCGGAAUAGUGCCGACGGGAGUCAGAAGGAAGAAGGCGGGGGGACGACGAAGGUGCGUAGUGUCCAAGCUGGAGUCGUAGGUGUUCAUAUGUCAGAUGAGCAGUUCUCGCGAGCUAUCUUAGGGAGGAUUCAGAGCGUGACGCAGACUACCACUAGGCAAAUAUUUCAAGGGGGGAUCCUUGUUAGUAAAGAGGAAUCAAGGAAGGAGUUUCAUGUCGACAUCAUUGCAGGAUUUGAUGAUUCAACCCAAUCCGUUCAGUGAGAUGUUAGACGCUAUGCACAAGUUCAUAUGAUGAUCGCAGAUAAUAACCAAAGGACUUACUACGUGUAAUAAAAAAAAGAAAAAGAAACGGACUCUGUAUAUUUUUCAUGUUUUCAUCAGUUAUUAAUUGUUCAAGUUUUGAGAUGUUUUGUGACUUGCAGUUUUAUAGUUAAUGUUACGCACGGGAUUAGUUGUUUUUAAGUUUAUAAAACGAGGACGUUUUUAAAUUAAGGAGGGGGCAGUGUAACGGAGUUGUUUCAACGUAGCGGGCGCAUGUGGGUCAGUGCAUGCGGGUGGGCAGUUAGGUAUUAGGCAUGAGCAAGAGAGGACGUGUUCGGGCAGGUAGCUAGGGAGGGCAGGAUAAGAUAGGUGAAACAGGGUGAAUCGGAGUACUGCUACUAGCUGUUGAAGGGAAGUUACAUUGUAAAGUUGGAGUUCUUCGUGAAUAAAGGCAAGUACCUUUUGAUGUAAAAUGA